GGCAAGAUGAUGUGUCGAGGACCCUUCCAGUCCCACAUUUCUAAGAUUCUGUGCUCUCCAAGUAUUUACCAAGGUGAAUCCAUUUUAGAGAGAGGGAAGCUGAGGCUAAAUGACGUGCCCAUGGUCACGUGCUGAGACAGUGGCUGGGUAUAGAAUCCAGAAGUUUCUGUUUGCCAGCCUCUGCGUGAACGGGUAGGACACGCUCCCCGGAUGAUAUCAGUCAGCAAGGACGGUGUUUGCUUUAAUAUUUAGAGUGAGAAUGCAAUGGUUAGCCGCUCUCUGUAAGUAAUAAUACUUUGUAUUUUUACAACACAUUCCGUGUAAGGAUCUCAAACCACUUUACAGACUUAAACUCCCCCUGGGAUGAGCUGGUAGGUCAGUUGUACUUAUUCUCAUUUUACAAGUGGGGAAACUGAGGCACAAAAUGUCACUGGUGAGCAUGUCUUACAGGUGUCGGAGCUGCAGAGGCUACUUGUGACAACCCCUGCUCAGGGACCUUGCUUCUUUAGCUCGAGUUGUAGCCACUCCUGCUUUUAGCUCCGCAAAUCCUCCUUUUGGUGCCAGGCCGGUCAGCCGAGAUAGCAGGUGUUGUGUUAGCGACUCGCCCAUGAUCAGAUGUGGAAUCUGGUGGAAUUUGGAGCUCCUAGCACCCAGUCCUGCCCUCUGCCCACUAGGGAACACUCCCUCAUUGGCCAGGGCCGAGGAAAACAACCUCCUGUGGGUCUGUGCCUUUAAGAGAGUCAGGAGACAGCCUGGGGGAUUGGGUGUGUAAGCCUGUUGAAUCAAUGAAACUAGGGGGGGUUGGAAGCUGGGCAGAGCUCUGAGCUGGGUUGCUAAGAGCUUGGAAUUUCCCGUGGGGAGGGGAGCAAGGGUCCUCCAGAGGGGGCGGGCCUCUCCCUGCUGAGCGACAGGCAGCUGCACCAACCCCAGAGCCGGCUGGGAGUUACCUGGUGGGGCUGCCUCAGCUCAGGUGUGUCCGGGAGUCCUGCCCCUGAACAGACUUUCCGGGAACAGAGCUGGGCAUGGAGCCCAUCGGCGCCUGGAGCCCUGGGCAGGUGGUGCAGUGGCUGAGAGGCCUGGACAAGGCACUGCAGCAGUAUCCCUUUGAGACGUGGUCCCUGACUGGGAACGAUUUGCUGCAGCUGUCCUAUCAGCACUUGGAGGAACUGGGCCUGAGGCGUGUUGGCCAUCAGGAGCUCAUUCUGGAAGCUGUGGAACAGCUGUGUGCGCUGAACUAUGAGCUGGAGACCACGAGCCUGGGGACGCUGACAGAGAAGCUGCAGCAAGUCGCUCGGACCACCCAGACCCUCAUCCUGAGCCGCAGGAAGGUGACCGUCUAUGAUGGAGAGGCCAUCAAGAUGCCCUCCCCGGACCUCCUGGCCUGCGUCGCUGAGCUGAUCACGGCGGCCAAGGGGCUCUUCUCCUGGCUCAACAGGUAUCUCUUCUCUCACCUGAAUGAUUAUCCAGCCAGCCGGGACAUUGUCUCACUCUGCGGAGAGCUGGCCCAGAUCCUGCAGAAGGACUGCAGAGUGUCUGAGAGAGAGAACCGGAUCCUGCUGAUUUGCAGGCACUUCACGGGGAUCUGUGAGAACAUCUCGAGCAGCAGCCCGGCAGCCCUGCUGAACCAGACCGCCAUCUUGGAGAGCGUGGACCUUGUGCCCACGGAGCCAGAGGACAGUCUGGGCAUCGAGAUCAAAUCCACCAACUCCUGCCUCCACUUCAUAGCGGGAACCGCCACUGAGUGUCCAGCUGACCACUGCAGCCAGAUCCUGCCAGGGGAUGAAAUUAUUCAAGUCAACGGGCAGGUGGUGGUGGGUUGGACUCGAGUGAAUCUAGUGAAGAAAAUACUCGAAAAGCCAAACCAGGUGACAUUGGUGCUGAAGAAGAUUCCACUAACCUCUGUGGGGUCCUCGUGUUCCCCCAGGUCUCCGUGCCAUCAGGCACCUGGAGGCUUCUUGGAUGCUGCGGAAUCUCCUGGCUUGGAAAACAAUGACUCUCCAGUAAGCUUGGUCUCCCUGCCUUCCAGCGUGAUCGCUGGGCUGGACUCUGCGCUGGAUCUUGCCACUGGUGAAGAGGAGGCGUUCGACUCAAGCCAGCCCAGAGAGAAGACCAGGGACUUCCUACAGCGACUCCCCACUGAAGACGCUUCAGCAGCCCCUGCGUUGGAGAGCCAAGGUUUGGGGGCAGGAUUUGAAGAGCGCAGCUCCCCUGUUGCUGUCUCUCCAGCCAGACCCAGCACCUUGGACCUCGGAUCGAAGGAGUCCCCAGAGAACAGAAUUGGGAGCAGAAGUCGGGGACCAGAAUCUCCCACCCUUCCAAAAAAGAGUGGCACCAAGAGUUGCUCCAGGCAGAAAGGAGUGGCUACCAGGCUGAGCCGCCGGCGGGUGUCCUGUCGGGAGCUGGGCAAGGUGGACUGCGAUGGCUGGCUCCUGAAGAAGAAAGACCACGUGGGAUUCAUGUCCCAGAAAUGGAAACGCUUCUGGUUUGUGCUGAAGGGCCACGUUCUCUACUGGUACAAUCAGCCCAGUGAUGAGAAAGCCGUAGGCCUGAUCAACGUAUCGACCUAUAACCUGGAAAGCACCCGGGAGCAGAAGAAGAAAUAUGUCUUCCAGCUCUGCCAUGAGAAGUACAAACCUUUCAUCUUCGCAGCAGAGACUCUGGCUGAUCUGAGCAUGUGGGUGAGUGGUUUGAUCGCUGCCAAAACCAAAUGCAAGCUGGCCCAGGAAUCGCUCCCGCACAGAGAAGAAGACUGUUACAGUGAGACGGAAGCUGAGGAUCCUGACGACGAUGUUCCCAGGCCUGGAUCUGAUCUGCUGCCGAAGAGAAGGGAGCUGCUAACCACUCUGGAGGGAGCCCAGCUCGGUGCUGCAAUGGGGAGCCCUGACUCCCCGGGUCCCCUGGGGAGCCCCGCCCCUGGCAGUGGCAGGUCCUGCUCGCCCCUGGACUCCCCUGGCGAAGAACUGGAGUCCCUGAUUAAGUGUCUGAAGCAAGGCGGGGUGUCUCUCAUCGGCACAUGCCAGCUCCUGACCCAUGAGCAGUACCGCAAAUCCUUCAUCAAGCGCAACAAGAACCCCCAGAUCAAUGAGAGAGUUCACCUGGUCCGGGCCCUGCAAAGCACGCUCAAAGCAAAGGUGGCUGAGCUCCAGAUCCUCGAUCAGCUCCUGAACGACUCGGAACUGACCUCAGAGAAAUUCAGACACUGGAAAGAAGAGAAUCAGGAGUUAUACCAGGAAAUCCACCAGUGGUGGGUGCCCAGGCCAAGCCAGGCUGAAGGUCUAGAAGCAGAACUUGACGCUGAAUCCAGUCCGCAGAAAGCUGCCGGUGCGACACCAUAACACAUGGGAACAGGGCAGAUCCUGGGCAAUAACUUUCCUUUCAUAAACCUCCAGUGCAGGGAAUAACACGUCCCUCUCUCAUUCCGGAGAGAGAUUCCUGUCAACCCUGUCCCAAUAAGAAAUGCGAUGCUCUGAGAGCAAGGAGGAAUGGUGCUCGCUGACAGCACGCAGUGUAUCAAUUUAACUGGAAUGUGGAUGCGUUUUAAGGACACCGUUUAAGGCUCUCCCCUGAGAGCAAGAUUUCAUGCAGGGAACUACUUUUGACAAAGCCUUGUAAUUUUGAGGACCGAGGGAGGAAUUCUCAGAAUGGAUCCUCGGUUGGGUCUAGAGAAAAUUGCUGGUUUUAAAAGAACUGCUGUUUCCAUUUGCCAGUGAUGCUUAAUGAAUAUGCAUCCAUCUACUUCACUGAGUAAGUGAGCCCAGCGCUGUGAGGCCAGAACGGUCUCUCUGGAGAUAAUUCUGAGAUUGGGAUAUUCAACAUGUUGAUGCCUUGGCAUUUCUCAUCACUCGACAUCCAUCCAGAGCCCCAUCAGAACCAAGAGCCCGUGUGAUGGAUAGAAGGAUCAGAGAAGUGCUGCCUGGCCCCCUCUGGCUCUGCUUGCAGUGGUAGAUAUUCAUCUGAUAAAGAGAGAAGCUGGUUUUCAUAUAUGUACAAAUAAUUCUGUGUAACAGUAUUUGUUAGUGGACAGAGUUGGACUCUUAAGUGCCAUUCUCUGCUCUGCUGCUAACUUCCAAGUGUGGCCUUGGGGUGAUUUGCCUUAGUUUCCCUGUAUUUAAAAGAGGAUAAGACUGAUCUGCCUCAUAAAGCUGCUGUGUAGUUUGAUUCAUGUGGCCAAAACUCUUUGAGAUCCUCUGCUGUUAGUCCGUUUAGCCAGGAUAAAGAUCUGAUCCAGCUCCCCUCGAAGGUGAUGGAUGUGUUGCUGUUGAGUGAGCUCUGCUUUGUUCUGUUUAAACAGCCAGGACCUGUCUCCACUGCAUUGGAAAACAAGCCUCCCCGCCGACCUCCCCAGAUGUGUGCUAGCAGGGCUCAUGCUACUGCUCUAAAACUAGCAGAGUAGAUGUUGCUUUUAAUGUUGCAACUUGGGCUCUCGUGCCUUCAUCCCGCAGUUGUCAGAGCCCAAGCACCAGCCCAAGCCACAGUGUCCACAUGGCUAUUUUUGCAGCACUAGCACAAGUCUGAGGAGGCAGGUUGGGAGGCUCACUCCUGAUGCAGCGUGGACAGGCUGACACCAGCUGGUUCGCUGCAGCCCUGCCAGUAAUUUUCAGUAAAAUAUGCAGCUGUUUUCUAGCAUUUUAACUUUCCAUUUUUGUUUUGUUUAUGCAAGUGCCUGAUCCCAAGUCCCCUUCCUUUGCUGACAAAUCAGUUCAGGGCCUGUUCUAGAUAACCUUGACUCUUAUAGGAACCAGGGUUUGCUCUAAUGAAAUGUACCCACCCUGUCCCCCUACACGUGAACCUGAAGCUGCCUCUGGCUAAUGGCAGUGAGUUAGCAAGGCAUUUCCUUGGCGGUUUAGGGCAGGAGAAGGUUGAGCCUCCAUCAUCUCAUUAUCUUCAGCAGCUGCCAGGGCUGGAGUCCAAUUCGAAGCCUGGUGAGAGUCUUCCUCUUGCUUGCAAUAGGCUUUGGUGCCUGAGCUUGCCUGCACCCUAAAGUUACCACCCUUGCUGCUUGGUUCUGCCGCCCCAACUUUCUGGAUGGCUUGAAGUGUCUCACCAGCACAUGAAGCUAUUCCCUUGCUCACCCCCUCUCUCUAAUUCAGGGAGAGGGAUAGCUCAGUGGUCUGAGCAUUUGCCUGCUAAGCCCAGGGUUGUGAGUUCAAUCCUUGAG